AUGGCAUCUGUACCAGCUCCCCCAUUUGUCCACGUCGAAGGAAUGAGCAAUUUCCGAUCGAUAGGAGGAUAUCCCCUUGAGACAGCAUCGACAAACAAUCACCGCUCCACGAGGCAAGGAUUCGCAUUUCGCAGUGCCGAUCCAACCUACGUCACCCAGAAAGGCCUGGAAACCAUCCUUUCGCUCGACAUCACUCGAGCCUUUGACCUCCGCUCACUGGAAGAAGCAAAGGCACAGCGCGCAAAACUCCAGGCCGCCUCAGGAUGUCUCGACUGCAGCAUCAGCCAGCACAUGAUCCACCAGCCCACACCCCUAUUUCCAGAUGGGGACUGGAGUCCAGAGGCCGCAGGGGAGCGGUAUCUGCAGUACGCCCAGGCUGAGGGAGAUGGGAUAUCGGGCUACGUGGAGGUCUACGGAAACAUGCUCGAGGAAGGUUGGAUGGCGAUUCGCGAGAUUCUGCUUCAUGUCCGGGACCGGCCUACAGAGGCGUUUCUAUGCCAUUGUAGUGCAGGGAAAGAUCGUACGGGGAUUGUCAUUGCGGUUUUGUUGAAGGUUGCAGGGUGCUCGGAUGAUCUUGUGUGCAGAGAGUAUGAGUUGACCGAGAUCGGGUUGGCUCGACGGAGGGAGUUUAUCGUGCAGCAUCUGCUUAAGAAGCCGGAAAUGAAUGGAUCGAGGGAACUGGCCGAAAGAGUGGCGGGGGCCAGGUAUGAGAAUAUGAAGGAAACGCUGGAGAUGGUGCAAACUAGAUAUAGAGGGAUGAGGGGCUAUUGCAAGGAGAUUUGCGGCUUGACCGACGAAGAUCUAUCUAUUAUCCAGGGGAACUUGACUAGUCCGGAGAGUCCUAUCUUCUAA